CUUUACAUGUGCGCAUUACUAUACUUUUCGGUAAUGUACAUGAUCAUGUUUGGUAAUGUAAAUACAUUUUAACUCAUAUUUUAGGAAUAAAAAAUCAUGGAAGUCCUAUUUUGAUAUAUUUUCAAUGUUUUACUUCCGCUUUAGUUUUUUUUUUCUAUAUGAAGAGGGAGUAGAUUCCAAAUUGCCAAUAUGCCAUAAUAAACGUGACCUGCAGCAAGUCAGCAACCGUUGCGACUUGGAAGGGUAGAUCAUCUCCACCCAAAUCAAUUCAAUGGCUAAAAUUCCCCAGAAAUCCAACGCUGAUUCGAUCGAACCAGGAGGAGAAGGAACCCCCUUCCCGCACUGGUACUCGCCGGAAACAGGGAUAUACCGGAGCAAGCACCCUUCCGUUCAACUUCCGGCAGAUCCAUUCCUCGAUGUUGUCUCCCUCAUCUUCUCCCACAGCCAUUCCGGCGCCGCCUCUCUUGUCGAUUCCCGAUCUGGGUUCUCGAUUUCCUACCCGGAAUUUUACUCUCUGGUCAAAUCGGUGGCCGGCGGCCUCCACCGGAUCGGCGUUUCUCAGGGUGACGUCGUCUUGUUCUUGCUUCCCAACUCCGUUUAUUUCCCCGUUCUCGUUCUCGGUGUUCUCAGUCUCGGAGCCGUGGCCGCCCCCAUGAAUCCUCUGAGCACUUCUUUAGAGAUUAAGAAGCAAGCCCUCGGCGGCAAUUGUAACGUCAGGCUCGCGUUCUCCUCCGUGGACAGAGUCGGAGACUUGGCCGAAAUCCGCAUUCCGGCGAUCGGCUUGCCGGCAGGUACGAACAAUCUCGAUUUCCCGGCGGACUCUGCUUUCUUCAAGUUAAUUAGCACCGAUCCAAACACCGCCCCCAGGCGGAGGAUCCGGCAGCAGGACGCCGCCGCCAUUCUGUUCUCUUCCGGGACCACGGGGAGUUCCAAGGGCGUCAUCCUGACGCAUGCAAACCUCAUCGCCACAGUCGAACUCUUCGUGAGGUUCGAAGCGUCUCAGUACGAAGGCGGGUGCCGCCGGAGCAGAGAGAAUGUGUACCUCGGCGUCCUGCCGAUGUUCCACGUGUACGGGCUUUCACUGUUCGUGAUGGGCUUGUUGUCGUUGGGCUCCACAGUGGUCGUGAUGAGAAAGUACGACGAGGACGAGAUGGUAAGAGCGGUCCAGAAAUACGAUGUGACACAUAUCCCGGUGGUCCCACCCUUGUUGAGAGCACUGACAAGGAAGGCAAAGGUGGGGACAGGGACAACUGCUGUCCUUCUGAAAGGGGUGAAACAGGUUUCAUCAGGGGCAGCCCCUGUCCCCGCCGCAUGCAUCAAGGACUUCCUGCAGACUUUCCCCCAUAUCGACUUCAUCCAAGGCUACGGCCUGACGGAGUCGGCUGCAGUCGGAACUCGCGGGUUCAAUACCGCAAAGAUUCGCAAGUAUUUGUCGGUGGGACUCUUGGCCCCAAACAUGGAGGCUAAAGUAGUAGAUUGGAAUACAUUUUCACCUUUGCCUCCCAAAAGUAGUGGUGAACUUUGGCUAAGAGGGCCUUCCAUCAUGAAAGGGUACUUGAACAAUGAGGAGGCCUCCAAGAGGGCAAUAGACCACGAAGGGUGGUUGCACACCGGAGACAUUGUCUCUUUCGACGAAGACGGGUACCUUUACGUGCAAGACCGUCUGAAGGACAUCAUCAAGUACAAGGGCUUCCAGAUCGGCCCUGCCGAUCUGGAAGCCGUGUUGAUGUCGCAUCCAAAUGUCAUUGACGCUGCAGUGACAUCUGAGGUCGAUGAGGAAGUGGGAGAGAUACCGGUGGCGCUAGUGGUGAGAGGGAACGAUUCUGCAUUAACUGAGGCAAAUCUAAUUGAUUUUGUGGCCAACCGCGUCGCACCUUACAAGAAGGUGAGGCGAGUGUAUUUCACAACGUCAAUACCCAAGUCCCCUGCAGAGAAAGUUCUGAGAAAGGAGCUAAGGAAACUCCUCCCAUCCAAAAUGUAGACCUCUUUUACUUGGCAAAGAAGAGGCUAAGCUAGGUACCAAAAAGGUUUAAUACAAUAAAUUUACAUAUAUGUAUUGGAGUAUAUAUAAUGUAUAAAAAAAGCAUCAAAAUGCAAGUGCACCAUAUCAAUUCUUAUUUGCAAUUGUAUCUUGUCGAAAAUGAAAAGAGUUAUGCCUU